AUGUCCUCCGCUGCAACAAAAGCUACUUUCUGUAUCCAAAAUGGUCCUUCCUUUGAAGGUAUAUCUUUUGGUGCAAACAAAUCUGUUGCUGGUGAAACAGUUUUCACUACUUCUCUGGUUGGUUACCCAGAGUCCAUGACUGAUCCUUCCUACCGUGGUCAGAUAUUAGUCUUCACGCAACCCUUGAUUGGUAACUACGGUGUCCCAUCCGGCGAAGCCCGCGAUGAAUACAAUUUACUGAAGUAUUUUGAAUCUCCGCAUAUACAUGUGGUCGGCAUCGUUGUCGCUGAAUAUGCUUAUCAAUAUUCGCAUUGGACCGCUGUUGAAUCUCUGGCACAAUGGUGUCAGAGAGAAGGUGUUGCUGCUAUUACUGGCGUAGACACCCGUGAACUAGUGCAAUACUUGAGGGAACAAGGUUCUUCUUUGGGCCGUAUUACGUUGGCUGAUCAUGACCCUGUCCCCUACGUGAAUCCCAUGAAAACUAACUUGGUUGCUCAAGUCACCACAAAAAAGCCUUUCCACGUCUCUGCCUUACCUGGGAAGGCUAAGGCAAAUGUGGCUCUUAUUGACUGUGGUGUUAAAGAAAACAUUAUCAGAUGCCUAGUCAAAAGAGGUGCCAAUGUAACUGUUUUCCCCUAUGAUUACAGAAUUCAAGAUGUUGCUUCUGAAUUCGACGGUAUUUUCUUAUCCAAUGGACCAGGCAACCCAGAACUAUGCCAAGCUACAAUUUCCAACGUCAGGGAAUUACUAAAUAACCCUGUUUAUGACUGUAUCCCUAUUUUUGGGAUUUGUCUAGGCCAUCAACUCUUGGCUCUGGCCUCCGGUGCCUCUACUCACAAAUUGAAAUAUGGUAAUAGGGCUCACAACAUCCCUGCCAUGGAUUUGACUACCGGCCAGUGCCACAUUACAUCUCAAAAUCAUGGCUAUGCAGUUGAUCCUGAGACCCUACCAAAGGACCAAUGGAAACCUUAUUUUGUUAAUUUAAACGACAAAUCAAACGAAGGCAUGAUACACCUUCAAAGACCCAUAUUUUCUACCCAAUUUCACCCAGAGGCAAAAGGUGGUCCCUUAGACACAGCUAUUCUUUUUGACAAAUUCUUCGAUAAUAUAGAAAAAUACCAAUUACAAUCUCAGGCAAAAAGUUCAAUCUCACUAAAAGUAACAUACAGUACCGAUAAAUCGAGAUUGCAGAGUAUAAAUGUUACUAAGUUGGCCAAGGAAAGAGUGUUGUUCUAA